CGCCUCCUCCUCUUCACUAGCUGCACUCCCCCCCCCCCUCUCCUCUGCCCGUGCGCUGCUCUUCUUGCCUUCGCCCUCGCCAUGGGCUGCUUCCUUGGCUGCUUCGGGGGGGCCAAGGAGCGCCGACGCCGCCGGAAACGCUCCCCCGCGCAGUCCCCCUCCGGCCGCGCCCGGGCCACGCCGCGGCUUUCCCCGAAGAAGGCUACCGCCGCGUUGGAUGGGGACGUUGUUUCCGCCGCCGCGCCGCUGCUGGCGACGCUCCUGGAGUUGAGGGAUUCCACUGACGACUUGUGCUUGACCGUCGUCAAGAAGAAGGUGACGUUUGAUCCCAACGUCACCACCUACGAGGCGGCGGCGAUCCCGGAGGAGGAGGAGGAGGAGGAGGAGGCCGAGCCGGCUGCGGGUGACGACAAGGAUGAGGCGAGGUGGAUGCUGGGGCCGGAUUGCGCGAAAUCCGAAGCUUUCCCGCGGAACCACAGGUACAGCAACUACGCUGACAGCGACAAUGAAAGCGAGUACGACGAGGAUGAGGAGGAGGAGGAGGAGGAGGAGGAGGAAGAUGAGGAUGGGCUCGACGAGUGCGCGAUCGACGACGAAGAGGAAGACGGCCUUCUUGGCAUUGGGCGCGGCGAGGACGAGGCAUGCGAGUCACUCUUCCUGCUUCCAAUGAGCAAGACCAAGGACAGCAACGGCCAGGAAGCGGCUGCCGGCGUCACCUCGCCGGAGCCACCGCCCGCGCGUCAACAGACGCGCGACUCGAACCCGGUGCUCGGCUCAGUGGAGAAUCUCACCCAGUGGAAGGACGCCAAGACCCGCGCCGCCACUGCUGCACCAAGGGCUGCUUCGGACAAGGAGAACAGAAUGGCAGCGGACUUGCUCUCCGAGCCGGCGAUCCCAGCCAAGAAGAAAGACUGGCAGGUCUCCUCCGACUACAGCCCCAGCACGCCAAGCAAGCAAGAAAUCUCGGUGGACGCGAGCCUCUCGACAUGGCUGGGCUCUUCGGGGACACCGGAGAGCAACUCCGUCCGGUCCUUCUCGCCGAUGAGCCGAGAAGACCGGCCGAUCCUUGGGGCCCUGACCGUGGAGGACAUCAAGAUAUCCUCUGCCAAUUCGUCUCCGAGGAGGUCGAGGUCUCCGAGCCCGAGCCCUGACGACAUGCCCAUCCUGGGCACCGUAGGGGCUUACUGGAACUGCAGCUCCAAGGCUGGUGAUCCGGUGACAAGAGGAGGCUUUAUGAGGACUAGGACAAGGUUUGGGCAGAACUUUGCAGGGUGAAAUGGUGAAUUGCUACUGAAUGCUUCCCAGCUGGAAGCUGGGAAGAAACGAGUUCGGUUUCAGUUGGAGAAUUGCAGAGGAUGAAUCUUUUGUCAGAAGAACAUACAUAUAGAGUCAGUGAGGUUGUGGAAGGAGUGGCAUGCUUUAUUCAAAGAUGUUACUUGUCAAUUCUUUUAUUUGUUGUAAACAAUGUCCAUCCAUAUUCUAGUAUGGUAAUCUUUUUUUGGCUCUGUC